CUCUAUAGAAAUCUCAGCGCUUAGCCACCCAGACAUCUAGCCAGCAGCUCCUGCAAGGAGGUCAGGAUUUGCAGUUAGUCACAGUGGAGUGGUUUGUCUUUGUGAUGCUGGUGCAUCAACCAGAAAGCAUCCAUGAUCAGUUGGCUCUUUUCUCUUAGGCUUAUAGUGAGGCUGAAAGCAUGGUGGGACCUCAUGGUAGCCAGGAAGCAAAAUCAGAAGUCAAAAGCCAGCGGGGAGCUGAGGGCCAGACCAAUAUUCCAAUCUAGCUCACGCCCUCAGUGAGCUAACAUCCUUCUUCCGGGCGCCAUCUUUAAAGGCUCUGCCAUCUCCCAGUAUUGCUACAGGCUGGUGACCAAGCUGUCAACACCCCAGUUUUAGGGGGACAACGAAAAUCCAAAUUGAAGUAGCAAGGCGGAGGCAGAGAGGAUGGAUUCUCUGUUCUGCCCUCCAAUGCAACCUGCAGAGGCAGCAUGAAGGUGAAUGGGAUUUCUAUUGGUGUGACGUCAGCUGGCUGCGUGAGAACUUUGACCAUACCUACAUGGAUGAGCACGUGCGGAUCAGCCACUUCAGAAACCACUACGAGCUCACCAGGAAAAACUACAUGGUAAAGAACCUGAAGAGGUUCCGGAAGCAGCUGGAGCGCGAGUCGGGUAAGAUGGAGGCAGCCAAGUGUGACUUCUUCCCCAAAACCUUUGAGAUGCCCUGUGAGUACCACCUGUUUGUGGAGGAGUUUCGCAAGAACCCUGGAAUCACCUGGAUCAUGAAGCCUGUCGCCCGAUCUCAGGGGAAGGGCAUAUUUCUCUUCCGGAGACUGAAAGACAUCAUGGACUGGAGGAAGGGCACUGCAGGGAAGAAACUCACCAGUAUGGAGACACAGCCUGCUCGUGCCAACAUGAACCCCUCAAGCAGCCAUGACACAAGGAAUUCUGAUGACCAGAAGGAUGAGCUCCCGGUGGAGAACUACGUGGCUCAGCGUUAUGUGGAAAACCCCUACUUAAUAGGAGGCCGCAAGUUUGACCUGCGUGUCUACGUGCUGGUGAUGUCGUAUAUCCCUCUGCGGGCAUGGCUGUACCGUGACGGCUUUGCCCGGUUCUCCAACACCCGAUUCACACUGAAUAGCAUCGAUGACCACUAUGUUCACCUCACCAACGUUGCCGUGCAGAAGACAUCACCCGACUACCACCCAAAAAAGGGUUGCAAGUGGAUGCUUCAGCGCUUCAGGCAGUACCUGGCCUCCAAGCAUGGUCCUAAGGCUGUGGAGACGCUCUUCAGUGACAUGGACAACAUCUUCAUCAAGAGCCUGCAGAGUGUGCAGAAGGUGAUCAUCAGUGAUAAGCACUGCUUUGAGCUGUAUGGUUAUGACAUCCUCAUUGACCAGGACCUCAAGCCGUGGCUCCUAGAAGUCAAUGCAUCUCCUUCGCUGACAGCCAGCAGCCAGGAGGACUAUGAACUCAAGACCUGUCUGCUGGAGGAUACCCUGCAUGUGGUGGACAUGGAGGCCAGGCUCACAGGAAAGGAGAAGAGAGUUGGCGGCUUCGACCUCAUGUGGAAUGACGGCCCUGUCAGCAGAGAGGAGGGGCCCUCUGACCUAUCAGGGAUGGGAAACUUCGUGACCAACACUCACCUAGGCUGCAUCAAUGAUCGGAAGGAGCAGCUGAGGCAGCUGUUCCGAUCCCUUCAAGUGCAGAAGAAAGCCCCUAGCUGACCCCCAGCCAGAAGAAAUGAGGCCCUGGCAGGUGCCGCCCUGGCCUCUGGCAGCAGGAUUCCAGCACAACGCACCAGUCUUCACCUCCCUCCAGCCUGGCAGCUGUUUCGAUGGGUAGGCAGCCUUAGCUUGCUACUUGGACCAGAUUCCCUGGACUCCCCACUCCAGCCCUGUGCCUCUUUGAACCAGGAACAGCCAAUCUUUGGAAUUGGGUGGACUCAUCCUUGACAGAUUGGCAGCUGGGCCCAAAGAGGCCAGGCAGCAAGUUCCACCACUCAGAGAGCACGUCUAAUAAAGCACAGGCUUGGAGCCACUCAGCACUGGGCCUGGCUUGGGAUGCUC